UCUCCUAUCAUGCUUUUCCAUGGAACCUUUGUUCACACACCGAAACGAGGCGAAUUGGUUAUUUUAACAGACACACUACUUGCUGUCGAUGAGACGACGGGGCGCAUCGCCACUCUCUUGCCUGGUAUACCACGUACACAACUCGAAGCAACAAUCCAAACAACACAGCUGCAGCAGCAUACACUGACAUUAUUAUCGCCGACUCAAUUCAUUCUACCGGGAUUUAUCGAUACGCAUAUCCAUGCACCACAAAUCACCUACGCAGGCACAGGCACCGACGUGCCCCUCAUGGUCUGGUUAAACCUAUAUGCCUUUCCGGCCGAAAAGAAGUUCAAAGACGUCGAAUGGGCGCGCUACGUUUACCCCAAACUUGUUGAUCGAUUAUUGCGUAACGGCACGACCACAGCCCUGUAUUUCGGCUCGCUACAUCUGGAGGCCAACAAGGUUUUAGCCAACACAACCUUAAAUGCAGGCCAACGCGCGUUUAUCGGCAAAGUGUGCAUCGACCAAAAUUCGCCAGAUGAUUAUAUAGAAUCCACCGAGAAUGCUGUGAGGGACACGGAAGCAUUCAUCCAAUACUGUUUAUCAUUGGGCCAACGGAAGGAAGAGGGAUUGUUGCUGACGCCAGUGGUGACACCAAGGUUUUUACCGACUUGUUCAAUCCCAUUGUUGGAACAACUGGGUCAGUUGGCAAAACGAUACGAUGUGCCAAUCCAGUCGCAUAUUUCUGAAUCGUUGGAUGAGGUGGCGUUCGUUCAACAGUUGUAUGGCUCAGAAAUAAGCGAUACUGAAAUAUUUGAUAAAACUGGCUUACUGACACCGCGCACGGUGAUGGCUCAUGGCGUUCAUUUGAAUUACCAAGACACGCAGACGCUUGCACAACGUGGUACGGCGGUCGCUGUGUGUCCUUUGUCCAACGCGUACUUUGCUAAUGGGGUGUUUCCUAGCACGCGAUUCAGCUAUAUUAAACAAGGCCUAGGUACAGACAUAGGAGGUGGCUAUGCACCGUCGAUGUUGAGUUCGAUAAGGCAUCUGAUCACUGCAUCACGCUAUCUUGCAAGCACCGCUGCCGCCGCCGCCGCCGCCCUGCAUGGUGCUGGUGCUGAUGCUGGUGUUGAUAAUAGCAACAAUCAUGCAGGGGUAACAGCAGCAGCAGCUGCAGCAGCGGAUUUAGAGAAGGGCGACAUUAUCAUGGAUUGGAGGACUGGGCUCUAUAUGGCUACACGGGGCGGUGCAGAAUGUCUACAGAUACAAGAUCAAGUUGGAUCAUUUCAGGUUGGCAUGUCGUUUGAUGCCAUUUUGGUCGACGUGGCUGUUUCUGGAACGCCUAUCGAUCUGUUCCCUGGCAAUGAUGAUAGAUUGGAGGAUUACGUGGAAAAGUUCAUUAAUCUCGGGGACGAUAGAAAUAUUACCAACGUCUGGGUUAAUGGUCAAAACGUGCUGUCGUUAUCAAGAUAGGCAACCAGACCAUAAGUUCUUUUUUAG